UCUGUAUAUCUCUAUAUAUACAUGUGGUUGUAGUUGUAGUUGUGUUGCGUGUGUGCGUGACAAAAGCAAAAGGAAAGAAUAUCAACAAGGUAAAGUAGAUUCCUUACUAGACAUGGCGUUGAAGGACACAUUCUACAUAUCUCAUGGAUCACCAACUUUGUCCAUAGAUGAAUCCAUUCAGGCCAGGAAGUUCCUUCAGUCAUGGAAGAAGGACGUGUUUCCUCAAAGACCCUCUUCAAUUCUUGUCAUCUCUGGUCAUUGGGAAACCGCAGUUCCCACGGUCAACGUCGUUGACUCCAUCAACGACACCAUCUACGAUUUCUAUGGCUUCCCCAAACAAAUGUACCAGCUUAAAUAUCCUGCACCUGGAGCUCCACAAUUGGCAAGGAGGGUGAAGGAACUACUCAAGAAAUCUGGUUUCAGCCAUGUUGAUGAAGAUACAAAGCGAGGACUUGACCAUGGUGCUUGGGUUCCUCUCUUUUUGAUGUAUCCAGAAGCUGACAUCCCUGUUUGUCAGAUAUCUAUUCAAUCUCAGCAAGAUGGAACUUAUCAUUAUAACUUAGGAAAGGCAUUGGCCCCUCUUAAAGAUGAAGGUGUAUUGAUCAUGGGUUCUGGGAGUGCUGUUCACAACUUGAGAGCACUUGAGCCUCACUCCACUGUUGCUCCCUGGGCUCUAGAGUUUGAUAAUUGGUUGAAAGAUGCUCUUCUUGAAGGAAGAUAUGAAGAUGUAAAUCAUUAUGAGCAGAAAGCACCACAUGCAAAAAAGGCUCAUCCCUGGCCGGAUCACUUUUAUCCGCUGCACGUUGCUAUUGGUGCUGCUGGUGAAGAUGCAAAGGCCAAACUUAUCCACAGCAGUAUUGAAUUGGGGAGUCUCUCUUAUGCCUCUUACCAGUUUACAUCAGCCGCUAGCUGAAUUUCUUAAUACAGAAUAGCUUCUGUUCAGUUGCAUACCCUGGCUCAAAACACAGUUAUUCAAUAUUUAUGAAGAUGUUUGGCUUGCUAGUUUAGGCUUAUGUUUCUGUGGUAUAUUGCGAAGAAUUGACUUGUAAUAAAUUAAUUGCUGUUAAUAAAUGAAGUUUAUUUUGAGGAAUUCUCUUUUGUU